AUGGCACCACAGAAAGACAAGAGAACCACCUGGAAGUUUAAUUUGGACCUUACUCAUCCCAUAGAAGAUGGGAUUUUUGAUUUUGGAAAUUUUGAACAGUUUCUGUGGGAGAAGGUUAAAGUCAAUGGGAAAACUGGAAAUCUUGGGAAUGUUGUUCACAUUGAACGCUUCAAUUAUAAAAUCACAGUUGUUUCUGAGAAACAGUUCUCUAAGAGGUAUUUGAAAUAUCUUACCAAGAAAUACCUUAAGAAGAAUAAUCUUUGUGGUUGGCUUCAUGUGAUUGCAUCUGACAAGAAAAUUUAA